AUGACCAUCCACAACAAAGUUCAACCAGUGGCAGGUAAUCGUAUGGUGCCGACCUUGGACAGAAGCAAUACUCAUCAAACAACAUUUGAAACUCUUUUUGAUGACCACAAUGACGAUCAAGACAGUAACUUUCCUCUUCAAGACGACAAGAAGCGAUCAGAAAAGAAGGCAUUUCUUUCAUUGAGAUGGUUUGUGAUUACUUCCAUAUGCUCUUUAAUAUUAUUCUCUGCAAUUUGUGUCUAUUUGGCAGUAUUUAUUGGAUUCAAUCAAGCAGUGGAUGAACUGUCUGAAAAAGUAAUCCAUGACUCGAAAAGCAAAAUUGUCAUUUAUAUUGACAAGGUUCUUUCUCAGAUGAGCGUAAUAUCAAGAUUGAGUGCAGAACAAUAUAAUUAUGGAUUGGUGACCAAUAACUUUUAUAGAAACUUCUUUUAUACUCCAUACAAAUUAGCAGAAUUGAGUGUUGGUUUUGCGUUUGGUUAUCCAUCCGAAAGAUACUCCUAUACCAUUGUUGGAAAGGAGGGUCAAGAAAGAAUUGUUUAUUCUUAUCAGCCUCCUGGGUUUAUUGGGUCGAUUCGAGAUGCGUAUUUCCUUAAUGGAACCAUUCAAACUGUGAAUGAAACCGUUGACUAUACGGUUUAUGAAGUGUCGCAAAAGGAUUUUUACAAUGCAUCCAUAAAUGCAGCAAAAUCAUUGGGAGCAGAAGGAGCUUUCACGAAUCCAUACAUUGUCACAAAUGGAUCACUUUCCAUUGCGUAUGGAGCCUUGUUAUACGAUCCUCAUAUUUUUGUCUCGAGCGGUGCUAAAGUGUUGAAAGGUAUUUGCAGAACUGUGAUGCCUCUCGCAAGUAUUGUCAAGUUUAUGAGAGAGAAAAUCACUGUCCUCAAAAAUGGUUACGUGCUGCUGCAAGAAACAGGAACAGAUUUAGUAGUUGCUGGAAGUAUUAAUACCACUUCAUUAGAUGAAAAAUCUCGUGUGAAAAUGACUGAUAUUGUCGAUAAGAAUGCUGGACAGCUCAUGAAGGACAUUAAGGAAAGAUUUGGAAGCUUCGAAAAUACACCAUACGAGUUCCACAUUUCAAGUUUGGGAACGAAUUAUUUAAUACUCUCGUCCAUGUAUACUUUUGAGAAUAUUCAAUGGAGAAUGUUUGUUGUAGUGUUUGAGAAUGAUGUGCAACUCACAACCACCAUUAGUAUUUCAGCUUCCGUUGGUGUAGCCCUUCUCGUCACGAUCAUUAGUUUGACUCUAGCACUGACUCUUACAGCCAUUGUCCUGAGACCUGUAAAGAGAUUGAAAGAGCAGUUCGAACUCAUUAAGGUUUUCGAUCUGGAUAACGUUCCAAGAAUAAGCUCAAGUUUUGUCGAAUUGAAUGACAUUUACAACAAUUUGAACAACACGGUUUCUUGGCUCAAAGAGAUACGAUCUUUCAUACCUGACAAGGUUCUACUUCAAUUACGGGAAGAAAAAGCUGAAGUAGUGGCACCCAAUGAUUUAGAAUCCAUGCCGUCCACUGCUCACCAUCACUUACAACGUGCUCAUGAAAGCUCAAGCUACGGGAAAACUGCUUCAGUAUCAGAGGGUUCGACGUCUAAAAAACAAUCUUCAUCAGCAAGUUCGUCUAAAGAAGGCUCUUCAGUGUUCAAGAUGGGCUAUUCUUUGAAAUAUAUUUCAUUGUUACACAUACGUUUGGGAAGUUACUUGGCAGAUUUUACUCCUCAUGAAAUUUCUAAAACGUUUCCAAAAAUUGUCAGCGUGCUUGCGAAUGUGACAAAAUUGUUGCAAGCUGAACUACAAAUUACUUCUACAGAUGAAUUUAUAAUAAUGAUUGAAAGUAAGAAGAGAGGUUGCAGAGAUGUCUCUCAAGAAUGUGCGCUGAAAAUUGUUAAAGCGUUCGAAAUUGUGAAUAGUCAGCUCAAAACUCAUCACAUGCCAGAAAUUAAUUUCUCAAUUGGAAUAUCAUCCAGUGAAUCCAAUGUUGGAAAUAUUGGAAAUCACUCUAUUAGGUACUAUUCAGUACUGUCAGAAUCUGUGAAGGUUUCUCAGCAUUUAAGUCUGCUUGCCCUUAAGAAUGGACUGAAAAUCCUCAUUGACGAGAAGACUCAUGUUGGAACCGAAGACAAAUACAUUACCAGACCAGUAGAUCGUAUAUUGAGCUCUCCAAACAUCCAUUCUGUUCCUUCAAGAAUAUUCAAUGUUUAUAGUCUCGAACGGGAGAAUAUUGUUCUGGAAGAUGAAUGGUUGUAUGAACUCGAAUCCAAAAAUGCAAUGGCAAAAAUCCAAGAAUUACAUGGUAUCAUGCAAGUAUUUUCAUCGUCCAGUGAGACCUCCUCUUCAGAUAUAGGAGCGUUGAUCUCGACAGGUCUGGCUAAACUUUCAAAUUUCAUGACAGAGUAUCCUAAUGAUGUAGCUUGCAAAAAACUCUUCUUGCUUUUCGAAAAAUUCCAAGACUUGUUGUCUAGGGACAUCCAUGCAACGGAUCUUAUCAAAAAUUAUCACUGUGUGAUUGAACCAACUGUAAGGCCUUCAAUAGAGACCCACACAGACUACCGAGUGUAG